ACGGAGGUCCCCGUUUUCCCAGAAGCGCGGCCGGUCAGCCAUAAAAUUUAAGCUUUUAUCCAAUCUGACGGGCCUUACUUGUCAUGUUUGAAGGCAUUUUGUAGGUCAAUACCUGCGGUCAACUCAUGCAGAAUUCAAUGGACGAUAAACAGAAUCACGAUGGACAGGAGAAGGACACGAUCAGCCCUGCAGUCUCAGGAUGCAUGCAGCUCAUCCUUCACACCAUCGAAGAGAGGAUAAUGGAUAAAGAAGAUGAUGCGGUCAAUGAAAAGAUGAAACACACAGGAGGUGGUUCACAACUACAUGAUGUAGACACAAUUGACAAGAGCACAGCGGGCACAAACAGUGAUACCGAAAGGGGAAAUGAUGAGGUCGGCAGUUUGAGCAGCAGCGAUGGGUACAACUCUGUCGACGAGGAUAAGAGCACAAAUUCAAGCGAAUCAUGGCGUAACACCAAAAACAGCAAAACACGUCUUGAUGAGAGUAGAGAAACAGACAUCGAGAGGGGCAUUGGGAAUGGCAACGAGGCAGAUCCUGAUGCCAACAAUGAUGUUAACAGUGAUUGGAGCAAUGAUGCAGAGAUUAAUAGCACUAGCAGCGAAGCAAAUAGCAGUAGCAAGUUGAGCGAUGUUGCAAAACCCACCACAACCAAUGAUUUUGAAACUGAUAUGUGCAUGGAAACCAACUCUGAAUCAAAUGAAGCUGACUUUGAUGCAGAGCCGGACCAGACAAGAAAUGAUGCAGACAUGGAAACCAACGAGGGUAUAGAUAUUAACAAUAUUAAUAGAAACAGUUUGAAAGACAUAGAGAGGCACGGCGAGGAAGUGGAUUUUAAUGAAAGAAGGGACGAUGUGGCUGAGAGCUUGGGCGACAGUUUGGAAGUGGAUACUAGCACAGAUCAAAACAAUGACGAUGUCGGUAUCAAUGAUGAUGGUAGAAGCAUUGGUGAAGAAGUCAAUAAUACAGAGAUCGACAGUGACAGAAACACAGCUGCGUCUCUGGAAACACAUCCUCCUGAGGAGUGUUCCCAAGUCGAGGAAAACACACCAGCACCUAAGACGGAUGAAAUUAAAAACACAAUCAUGGCAGAAAUCUUGGAGAAAACAACUCCGAUUAGUAUCGGAGUUGACGAGCCCCGACCAUUCUCGAUGAUGACUAACCAGCCACAGCACCCAGGCUUGAAUCUUGAGAGCCUGCUACCGCACGAAGGGCAGAGAUGGGCGAUGCUCCGAGACAAAAUGAUGACCGCAUCCCAGUUUGAGCAGUAUGCAAGGCGGACACAGGGAGAUCCACCAUGGAGUGCUGAUGAGGCUUUUAUUAGUUUCUUUCUUGAUCGCUUGGAGAUGUAUGAAUUGCUUCCUAUGCCGGAGAUGUCACCAAAGAAGAAAAAGACCAGACGAAAGGGCCAACCACGCAAGUAUGAAAGGUGUAUGUCUGGUCCAGGAAAAUUGCUUCCUAUGACGGAGGUCAAGCAGGCUGCACCAAAGAAGAAAAAGACAAGACGAAAGGGCCAACCACGCAAGUAUGAAAGGGUCCAAAAUGACACGGAGGUCAAAGUGAAGCAACCACCUAAGAAGGCAACCAAGAUGGUCGAUGACUUCGUCUUUGUGGAGGAUCUAUUUGAUGAUGAGGACAUCUUGUCUAUGGAUGACAACUCAGAUGAUCUGGAUUAUGAACCGGUGUCCAUCAUAAGAUAUAAAAAGACUGCAAGUAGAAGGUUGCCGCGUCGAAGCAGCAGUAAACGAACGAGGGAAGAAACGGAAGAAAUGGAAGAAGUCUCCUUAGACACACCUGAUGUGCCGGAUGAUGAUGAGUUUGAGCUCGUUAAACCACCCAAGAUUAAGAAGAAAGUCAAGAUUAUUAAGCCCAAGCCAGAAGGACCACCACGCAAGAGAGGCCGACCAAAAAAAGAUCCAAAUGCCCCUCCAAAGGUUCCUGGCAAGAAAGGGCGCCCACCAAUGUCCGAAGAGGAAAGACAGGCAAAACGGAGAGCGACCAUUGAGACAACCCGCAUUCGAUUGGAAGUUCUAAGAAGUUCUCUGCCCAAACGGCUUUGCUGUAAAUUUUGUGAUGCGCAUUUCACUGAAACGGAGGCAGUGACCCUACACUACUUUGAGGUUCAUCGACAGCAGAGAAUCGGAGAAGCAGAUCGCCUCGAUCCAGCAAGCGCUUUCAACAUGUCUCAAGUCACUGACAUUGCCGUCCUGCUGAGAGAAUGUCCAAAGUGUAAAGAGUACGUUGAAAACCUGACCCGGCACAAUCGUACGCACCAGGUGCGAAACUUCAUCUGCGAGGAGUGCGGCAAGUUCUUUGUGUCGCGGAUACGGUUGAAGCUGCACAGGCGCAUACACCAAAUGGAUCGAACCGGAGAGCGGUUACACUGCGACAAGUGCGACAAAUCCUACCGCUGCCUUUCCAGCCUCCAAAGGCAUCAGUUGAUACACGCGGGCAAGAAGACGUUCAUCUGCGACCAAUGCGGCAAGGAUUUCUUCAAUAGUGUCCGACUGAGGGUGCACCGCACCGUCCACAUGAAAGAGAAACCAUACAAGUGUUCCGAUUGCGGACGCGGCUUCACCCAACUCACCAACUUGAGGAGCCAUCAGAGGGUGCACACCGGGGUAAAGCCGUACAAGUGUGACGUCUGCAAUGAGUCGUUCACACAUAAAGUCAGCCUGAAGACGCACCAGAAAAAGAAACAUGGAAUAGAUUGGUGGAAGGAGAACGGGAUCGAAGUAGAAGAAAGGAAGCCCAGCAGCAGGAAAUCUGCCGACAAGAAACCUUCAAACAGAGGAGUGGCGGAAAUGAAGACGACCAUCCCGGAUCAACAUCAUGCCCAUGCCCAUGCACAUGCACAUGCGCAUGCACAUGCGCACACCAAUGAGGGCAUGCGGAAUUACGAUUUUGUCAGUAAUCUGAUUACGCAUGGCACCAAGACGUAUGCACAGCUGGAGAGGAAGACUAAUGUUGGUGAAGCAUUUCACACCAUGAUGAAUCCUUACGAUAAUCCAUGGCAGUCGUGAGGUGAAGGUUCGAUCGUAUAUUUAAGAAUUCAUUAUGAGUGCUUUACAACAUUAUGGUAAUUACACUGAGUGAGUUACCAUCAAAAAGCUUGUAGUAGAUUAGACAAAGAGUCAAGCACCCUCCAAGGUUAUCAAAUAACCAUUUUAAACAUUAUUUAAAUUUGUGUAUUUAUAGCAACUUUAGCAAGGCUAAUAUUAGACACAGACCAACGGCUUUUAACCUCUGCUUUUAACCACUUGAACGUAUGUUAUUACUGCACAAAAUGUUUAAUUUUUCAGUGUCCAUUUUGAACUUUUGGCAGAGCGAUACCACAAACUGGGCCUGUGGUGGGAAAAUACCCUAAAUAUUACCAGUCAGCUAAUUGUGAUCAAAUACACACUUUGUUUUCAGAUUCGGUCCAUGACUGAACGCAUUGUUAGUUAAGUUGAACAUCACUGAUUUAGUUCCACAUAGCUAGUAUGUUCUCCAUCAUAUCAAUGCAACAAACUUGUGAAAAUUUGGGCUUAAUCAUUUGUUUGAGUCCGGAGAAAGUAGCGAAAACCAUGCAAUAUUUUCACCAUGUACCGGUAAGUACAUUUUCCUUAAUUUUGGUUGCAACAAUUGAAAUCAGCUGUUACGUUUUUAAAAAGGUUUUCAGAUACAGGUUUCUCAAACAUUUUCAGAGGCAAAAUGUUCACAUAAACAAUGGUUUUUGUGUUGACUUCAUUAACAGCAUUCUUUCAGACUAAACAAUGGUGUUUUUUUAUCUUUCUGUAUUUAUAAUACCUUUAAAGCCAUGUUGGUUGCAACCAUACAGGAAUUUGUUCAAAAAAGUUGUGUGACUUGCAUGGUCUGUUACAUCAAAUAUGUCAAAGGUUGCUGUAGUCAUCGGUUAUUUCAGAAUUUAAGCUGUGUGUGUAUUUGUGUGUGUGUGUUUUCCCCUUUUUCUAAAAAAGGGCGUAGCAAUAUUUCUUAGGUGGCAGGAACUUAUUUUCGGGAAAAUUGUAUUUUAUUGUUUUAAUAUUUGCAAAAGGCACCAAGGCGAAAUGAAGGGGCACUCGGGCAGAACGAAGAGGCCCAGAGUGGACACACUUGAUUAAGGUAUCACAAGCUGAAGCUAUAAUGACCAUACAAAACUUACUUGGUAAAGAGCACUGGCGAGCUGUUGAUUAUAUAAAACAUUAUCAGAAACAACCCCCUUUUGAAGUAAUGAAGUUUUAGAGAAAGAGGUAUUUUUUUUUACCAACAUUUGAAUUGAAAUAAUAAGGAAUAAAGCCUUUCGGAAAGAACACAUUUUUACGCAACAGUAUUUUUUCUGUCAUUAGUAUCUUGCAAUUUUGACGACCAAUUGAGCCCAAGUUUUCACAGGUUUGUAUUUUAUGCAUGUUGGGAUACACACAGUGAGAAUGAAGGUCUUUUACAAUUACUACCAACAGAACAUUAAAAUGUUCUGAGUGUGGAUAGUUGUGGGUAUGGUGGCUUCGUGGUUUCUUUCCGUGCCUUUCACAUCUGUGAACAUUUCUGAUCACCAUCUUGUUAUUGGCCUUGUUGUUGAAUGUGUAAUGAAAUAACAGUUUUACCAAAUGAAUACAGCUUACAAGUACAUGUUAUAGCUUCAAUGAAGGUGAAGCUGUGCAACUUUCUUUGUUUUUGCCUCUCAAGGCGGUUGGGUCACUUUCAUUUUGGAAAGUCUAUGAGAAACUUUUCUUCUCAUUUCUGAUCACCAUCCUGUUAUUGGCCUUGUUGUAUGUGUAAUGAGGUAAGAAUAUUUUUACCAAAUGAAUACAACUUGUUGUUAGGGCCUAAAGUUUCAGGCAGGGUGAAGCUGUGCAUUUUACUUUGUUUUUGCCUCUAAAAGCUGCAUGUAUUUUUGUCUUUGCCUGUCAAGGCGGUUGGAUCAAAGUGUCACUGGCGUUGUGUACUGUUGGCAUGAAUGUAUAUGUUGUAGAAAUCUAGACUUGCACAGCCUUAAAGGUCCAUAAAAUGGAGUCCUUUUCUUUAACUUUAUGCACAAUUAAGACUUACCAGAGAUCUAUCUACUCCCUUUGAAAAACCUGUCUUCUGUACAUACAGUGCUAAAAUGUAGUAUUUACAAAAAUGUUAAUCAGUUUAAAGGCAGUGGACACUAUUGGUAAUUACUCGAAAUAAUUAUUAGCA